AUGGAGCAUGUUAUGCAGCAAGGUCGUUCUCUUGCUGAGACGCCUACAUAUUCAGUUGCAUCUGUUGUUACUGUCAUGGUUUUUGUUUGCUUCUUGGUCGAGCGUUCUAUAUACCGUUUUGGAAAGUGGUUGAAGAAGACAAGAAGGAAGGCGCUUUUUGCUUCACUCGAGAAAAUUAAAGAAGAGCUGAUGCUGCUUGGGCUUAUCUCGUUGUUGUUGGCACAAAGUGCGAGAUGGAUCUCUGAAAUUUGUGUAAAUUCAGCCCUUUUCAGCAGUCGAUUUUAUACGUGUGCUGAACAAGACAUUGGCGUGAUUGAGAAUGUCGUGAUUAAAAACUCUUCCUCUUUCUCUGAUGAAACUAGUAUUCCAAAGGGGCUAAAUAGGGUUGCACUUCAUCAAUGUGGAGAGGGUCAUGAACCAUUUGUUUCAUAUGAGGGUCUUGAGCAGCUUCACCGGUUUUUAUUUGUUCUCGGGAUCACUCAUGUUCUGUAUAGUGUUGUGGCUGUUGGUUUAGCGAUGAGCAAGAUCUAUAGUUGGUGCAGAUGGGAAAAUCAGGCUACAAUGGCGAUUAUCGAUGGAAACGUGCCAGGAAAGAAAAACAAGGUGAUGAGGCGGCAAACAACGUUUGUUUUCCAUCACACGUCUCAUCCGUGGAGCAGGAAUCCAAUACUAAUAUGGAUGCUAUGUUUUCUGCGUCAGUUUAGAAGUUCUAUACAAAAAUCAGAUUACCUUGCACUCCGUCUGGGUUUCAUUACUGAACAUAAAUUGCCAUUAUCAUAUGAUUUUCAUAAAUAUAUGGUUCGAAGCAUGGAAGAUGAAUUUCACGGCAUUCUAGGAAUAAGCUGCCCGCUCUGGAUUUAUACUAUCGUCUGCAUCUUCGUAAACAUCCAUGGUCUCAAUAUAUACUUCUGGUUCUCCUUUAUACCUGCAAUUCUUGUGAUGGUAAUAGGUACAAAACUUCAACAUGUUGUGUCCACUUUAGCACUUGAAGUCUGGCAGCACCAGGGUCCAUCUGCCAGUACACAAGUAAAGCCGCGAGACGCACUUUUUUGGUUCAAUAAACCAGAUAUUUUGUUAUGGCUGAUACAAUUUGUGAUAUUUCAGAAUGCUUUUGAAAUGGCUUCAUUCAUUUGGACAUUGUGGGGAUUUAAACAACAGUCAUGCUUCAUGAGACAUCAUUAUAUGAUCGUCAUUCGGUUGACAUCUGGAAUUCUUGUUCAAUUCUGGUGUAGCUAUAUGACAGUACCCCUCAAUAUAAUAGUUUCACAGAUGGGAUCGCGGUGUAAGAAGGCGCUAGUGACCGAAAGUGUAAGAGAGUCUUUACACAGUUGGUGUAAGAGAGUAAAACAGAAGUCUAGGCAUGAUCAUUCUCUUCGCUCGCAUACAGCCAGAUCAAUAUGUUCCCUAGAAUCAACAAUCGAUGAGAGGGACGAGAUAACAGUUGUAUCCGGGACGCUAACUCGAACAACUUCCUUAGACUUAGAGUCUUUGAAUCAGAUGACAGUAACUUCAGUAGACCAGCUGAAUUUUAUGACUUCUAACAACCUCCAUAAUUCGCAUUACAACGGUGCUGGCGACAGAGACGAGACUAAAGUCGAAACUCUCCUAGAUUUGUUUCACAAAACAUGA